GCGGCGGCGGCGGCCGGGCGCGCACUCUCGGGAUGGAGGGCGAGCGCCGGGCAUCUCAGGCGCGCUCCUCGGGCCUCCCGGCCGGGGGCGCCGACGGGGGGAGCCCGGGGGGCGGCGCCCCCUUCGCGGGCAGCAGCGGCUCCUCCGCCCUGCUGCAGUCUGAGGUGCUGGAUCUGGACGAGGACGAGGACGACCUGGAGGUGUUCAGCAAGGAUGCCUCAUUGAUGGACAUCAAUUCCUUCAGCCCCAUGAUGCCAACAUCCCCUUUAUCAAUGAUAAACCAAAUCAAGUUUGAAGAUGAGCCAGAUUUAAAGGAUCUCUUCAUUACUGUCGAUGAACCUGAAAGCCACGUUACUACGAUUGAAACUUUUAUUACUUACAGAAUCAUUACUAAGACGUCUCGUGGGGAAUUUGACUCCAGUGAAUUUGAAGUUAGGAGACGUUAUCAAGAUUUCCUUUGGUUAAAGGGAAAACUUGAAGAAGCACACCCCACUCUGAUUAUUCCACCAUUACCUGAAAAGUUUAUAGUGAAAGGAAUGGUGGAGCGCUUUAAUGAUGACUUCAUUGAGACACGAAGGAAAGCCUUACAUAAAUUUUUGAACCGAAUUGCUGAUCACCCAACUUUAACAUUUAAUGAGGACUUCAAAGUUUUUCUCACUGCACAAGCCUGGGAACUAUCUUCUCACAAGAAGCAAGGGCCUGGAUUGCUCAGCAGGAUGGGGCAAACGGUCAGAGCAGUGGCGUCCUCCAUGAGAGGAGUUAGAAACCGCCCUGAGGAGUUCAUGGAAAUGAAUAACUUCAUUGAAACCUUUAGCCAGAAAAUAAACUUAGUAGAUAAAAUAUCUCAAAGAAUUUACAAGGAAGAAAGGGAGUAUUUUGAUGAAAUGAAAGAAUAUGGCCCCAUUCAUAUUCUGUGGUCAGCAUCAGAAGAGGAUUUGGUUGACACUCUAAAAGGUAUUGCCAGCUGCAUUGACAAAUGCUGUAAGGCCACUGAAAAACGGAUGUCUGGACUCUCAGAGGCCCUGCUUCCUGCGGUACAUGAGUACGUGCUUUAUAGUGAAAUCUUAAUGGGUGUUAUGAAAAGAAGAGACCAAAUACAAGCAGAACUGGACUCCAAAGUUGAGGCUUUGGCCUAUAAAAAGGCAGAUACUGAUCUGCUUACAGAAGAGAUUGGAAAACUUGAAGAUAAAGUGGAAUGUGCAAAUAACGCCCUGAAAGCAGAUUGGGAAAGAUGGAAGCAGAAUAUGCAGAAUGAUAUCCAGUCAGCAUUUACAGAUAUGGCUGAGGAGAAUAUCCACUAUUAUGAACAGUGCCUUGCUACAUGGGAAUCAUUCCUUACAUCACAGACUGACCUCCACUUAGAAGAAGACUCUGAAGAUAAACUUUAACCCUAUUGAGCACUUCCGUUUGAUCUUUGGGGGCUGCAUCUAUCAACCAAAUUUAUUUUUUCUCGAUCAGCUGUGUGCUUUACCAAGUGGAUGAGAAAUGUUUCACACUAUCUGGAAAACCAACAACUUGAAAACUCAGGUAUUCCAGGUCAUUAACAUGAAUUUGGAGACACAUACAUCUAUCUAUAUAGAUAUGUCUGUAUAGAGAGAUUUAGCUUCUUUUUAAUUAUGUUCUUAAAUUUGUGUGCCAAUAAUUGCAUAUAGAAAAUUUUUUCCUUAAAUACUUGACUGUGGAACGUGACAUUUUAAAUAUGAUGGAAAGACUGUUUUAAUAAAAGUUUAAUAUGAAAUGA